UAAUCGUUCGUGAGGAGUCAAUAUUAAAAAUAUUAAGUAGUAUUUUACGAAAUAAAUAGUUAUUCGCUCCUGUGAGUGGGGGUCUCUUAUGUAAUCCGUAUAGGCAACUCUCAAUCUGGAUGUGAAAAUUCGGAAUUAGCGGAGAUUUUUGAGCUCUUUUAAAUUAGUGGGAUUAAUUGUAGAAGCUUUCUUCAAAAAUAUAUCAUUAUGAUGCUAUCUCGUGGUGCAAUUUUAACAAAUCAGCAAGCAAAGGCUCUCUUGGCUUUUGCUGCUAGGACAACAACAACUACUCCAGUAAGUUCAGCUUCUGCAGUUAGUCCAUCAUCUGGAGGUUCACAAUUUCCACGACCUGUCAGGCAAGAACCUGGUAAAGUGCGACUUGGUUUUGUUCCUGAAGAAUGGUUCCAGUUUUUCUAUAAAAAGACAGGCGUCACUGGCCCUUAUGUCUUUGCAACCACCUUAUCAACAUACUUAAUUAGUAAAGAAAUAUAUGUAAUGGAACAUGAAUAUUACACUGGGUUGUCUUUGCUUAUCUUCUGUAUUGUGGGUGUUAAGAAACUUGGUCCACCAUUGGCUAAGUAUUUGGACAAAGAAAUUGAUGAAUACGAGAAAGCCUGGAAUUCUGGUAGAGAAGAAGAAAAAAAAAUUCUUGCAGAGCAAAUUGAAGAUGAGAAGAAUUUACAAAAAAGUGCAGAGGGUCAGUUACUUCUAACAGAAGCCAAGAAGCAGAAUGUGGCUUUACAAUUGGAAGCUGCCUAUCGUGCAAGGCUUUUCAGUGUUUAUGAAACAGUCAAGAAACGACUUGAUUAUCAGGUUGCAAGGAUUACUGCAGAGCGCCAAGUUCAUCAUAAGAACCUUGUGGAUUACGUGGUUAGAAAGGUUCUUGCCUCUAUUACACCAGAUCAGGAAAAAGCAAACAUUAAUAAGUGUAUUGCUGACUUAAAAACCCUAUCAAAAGCUCGUUAAUUACCCUCGAGAAAACCAGUUGGAUGUCGUAAAUUAAUUUACAUAUUUUUAUCUGUAUUCAUGUAUAUUUCUUUAUUUCUUUUUCUUUUACAGUAACAUUAUAU